AUGGUUUUCAACAAAGACCUUCCUCAAUCUUCCUUGAUACUCGAUUCUCCUGUGACCCUUUCACAGCAUCUGUUCAAAAACGCACCUCGGACCCUGUUUGACGAGAUGGAAUGCCGCAAAGCCGAUCUGCAGGAACCAUCGAUCCACCACGAUCACCCCCAUGGCCCAUUGGGAAAACAUAGCAACGAUCGUGUCGAGCAGUUCAAGGUCGAGUCAGAGUUCUCUUGGAAAUCACUAGUACGGCGGUUACGAGAGGAGAAUGCAAGCUUGCUUAACACCGUAAAGUUGACGCGUGAGGAUAUUCGACAAGUCAAAUAUGAAAAAGCCGAGCUGGAGAGGACCUUAAGGUUGAGAAAGCAAUCAUCGGAUAAAGUGAUCAAUGAUCUACAACAGCAAUUGGAUGAUGAAAAGAGAUUACGAGAACAAGUAUCGAAAAGAGUGAUCGAAUUGCAGGAAUUGGAUGCUGCCCAAGAGCACUUGCAGCACUUGCAUCUCGAAGUGAAUACCCUGGAACAGCGAAAGGAGCAGCUAUUGUCUACGGCAAACGAUCAACGACCGCAAACGAGUGAUUUGGAUUAUGAUACCCGACAUCAACCUUUUGAACAUCCACAAUCACACCUGCUGGAUGAAAUUGAACAGCUGAAGACCUUGUUGGACGAGUCAGAGCGAAAAUACGAAGACGAGAGGAGACGGCGACUGGAAUUAAUGUUCCAAAAGCGCUAUCUUUUGCUUGUCAAUCGAGGAUUUGAAGAGUGCGAGUCAACAAGAGCAGCAGACGCUCCAAUGGCAGACUUUCAGCAUCAUUCGACAACCACCCUUUCACCAACAUCAAAAUGGCGCGCAUGUGUCACACUCAUUAUAGCAAUUCAUCGCCUACGAAAAUCACUCCAUACCACAUAA